GCAGCGCCACGACAAACUGAACCGUCCGCCCCGAGCGCAGACACCGGCUGACGGCUGCUGCGGCUAGCGGUGCUAGCGUGUUAGCAAAGUGACGCGGAGCAGCUCCUCCGGUGAUUAGCCUCUCACACGGCGGACACACUUUACGUCUCGCCAGGGCUGAAGCACACACACCCGGCGGAUGAACGAUGUCUGCCGCUGGUAUCGACCCACAGACAUCGAAGGGACAAGAUGCGAGCAAAGCCUUCCCAGUUUCAGUGCAGAAUGGCUCCCUCCACCAGAAGGACACGGUCCAUGACAAUGACUUUGAGCCCUAUCUCACCGGCCAGUCCAACCAGAAUAACAGUUAUCAGUCCAUGACAGACCCAUACCUGUCCAGCUACUAUGCCCCCUCCAUUGGAUUUCCUUACCCUCUCAGUGAAGCUCCUUGGUCCACUGGAGGUGACCCACCCAUUCCCUACCUGACACCCUAUGCCCCCCUCAACAAUGGAGACCAUCACUUCAUGCACGACACAGUGUUUGGGCAGCCGGGGGGGCUCAGCAGCAGUAUUUACCCUCACAGGUUUAACUUUUUCCCAGAGAACCCGGCCUUCUCCACCUGGGGCACCAGUGGUUCUCAGGGCCAGCAGACUCAGAGCUCCGCUUAUGGAGGGAGUUACAGCUACCCGCCCAGCUCUCUAGGAGGCACCUUGGUCCCUGAUGGGCAGACGGGUUUCCACAGUGACACCCUGAGCAAGGCUCCGGGUAUGAACAGCCUAGACCAGGGCAUGCUGGGCCUAAAAAUAGGUGGGGAUGUGACAGGAAGUGGCUCUGGUGUGAAAAGUGCCGGCUCUGUGAUCGGUGGAGGUGGCAGUGUGGCUGCAGCUGUUGCCACGGGCAACGGAGGCACACCAAUCGGAAUGCCCCCCCCGAAACCGACAUCGUGGGCCGCUAUAGCGAGUAAACCUGCCAAGCUGCAGCAGCAGCAGCAGAAGGCCAAGAACAAGCCUGGUACACCCAUCCCUGGAGGAGCUCUGCCUCCACCCCCCAUGAAACACAGCUUGGACAUUGAUACAUGGGAUAAUAAAGGGACUGCGGCUAAGAUGGUCCCUCCUUUGCCCCCCCACCACCAUCACCACCACCAUCACCACCACCACCAGCAGCAGCAUCAGCAUCAGCCACAGCUUCACUCCCAUGCUCCCAGUCUCCUCCCUCCCCUUCAACAAUCCAUACAGUCUGCCCAGUCCCUCGUGCAGCAGAUGACCAUGCAGGGUCCUCCACCUCCGCAGCAGUCCUACCAGAACCACAACUCCGCUCCAACACCUCAGACCCGCUGGAUAGCCCCACGCAACCGCAACAUGUGCUAUGGUGGUGGAGCCAUGGACAGCGGCUGCUCCUCUAACGGCGGCGGUGUUGGUAACGGAGGUGGAGGGGGCGGGGGUCUGCUUCCGGAGCCGGGCUUAGAGUCCCACCCCGUGCUGGAGAAGCUUCGAGCGGCCCACAGCUACAACCCCAAGGAGUUUGACUGGAACCUGAAGAACGGCCGUGUGUUCAUCAUCAAGAGCUACUCUGAGGACGACAUCCACCGCUCCAUCAAGUACUCGAUCUGGUGCAGCACGGAGCACGGCAACAAGCGCUUGGACUCAGCCUUCAGAGGGAUGAACUCUAAAGGUCCUGUCUACUUGUUGUACAGUGUUAACGGCAGCGGCCAUUUCUGCGGUGUGGCGGAGAUGCGCUCACCUGUGGACUACGGCACCAGCGCCGGCGUUUGGGCGCAGGACAAGUGGAAGGGCAAGUUUGACGUGAACUGGUUGUUUGUUAAGGAUGUGCCUAAUAGCCAGCUGCGUCACAUUCGCCUGGAAAACAAUGACAACAAGCCAGUCACCAACUCACGUGACACUCAAGAGGUUCCUCUGGAGAAAGCCAAGCAGGUGCUCAAGAUUAUUGCGCAGUACAAACACACCACCUCCAUCUUUGAUGACUUCUCCCACUAUGAGAAGAAGCAGGAGGAGGAGGAUGUGGUGAAGAAGGGCUAUGAGCCCGUCCCAUUACAGAGCCGAUCCCGAAUCGAUCAGGAUCGUCAGUAGUGACCCGAAGAAGGCGGCUUCUGAAAACUCUCCCGCUCAACAACGGUUGUGCUCGGAUGGAUGUACUGAAAUUUAGAUUUAAAAAGAAAACAAACGAACAUUAAGAAAUUGAAAACUAAUAUUUUUUUCUAUUUAAUUGUGUUGACUUUUGGCCCACGUCAAACUUUUGAGCCACAUUGCUCCUGGUUCCCAGUCUUUAAGAUGAGUGCAGGGAUGAAGCUAGUUCCACCGGUCGAAUCGCUUCAAUAAUAUAUAUUUUUCUUGUUUUUUUCCUGUAUUUUUUUAGCCUCUAUCGCUACCCCACAACUCGCAUUCUUAACUAAGUAUAAUUAUCUGCACGUCUGUUUUGAAACUCUUGACAACAUGCUGCUGAUAUUCAGUGACUGUUCACUUUGUGGUUUGUGUGUUGGAGAAAUGUUAAGUGCUUGUAUUGGUUAAUCUUAAUGAGUGAACAACACUUUAUUGACAAAUGUCUGCUAUCUGUGUGUGUGGCCAGUUGUAUUUUAUAUUAUCAGAAGAAAAAAUAACUUCUCUAAUGCCCUGGUUUUCAUGUCCGGGGUGUUUUACUUUGUUGGAGGAAUGUGUACACUGAGAGUUUCUGUAUGCGUAGACAUAAUAGUGCAAGGUUGUGACAGUAGGAAGCAUAAAUGUUAGAAGCAUAUUUUGAAAACUUUACCAUCUGGCUGACAAAUAAUUUCAAUUCAACAUUACAAUGAAGGAUAUUUGGGAUUGUAUCUCUCUCCGGAGCGGAGCCUUAACAUUUCUUUUGAGCAGUAUUGUAAAUGUUUUGUUGUUCCCCAGCACAGAACCUCAAAAUGUUCAGCCUGAGAUUCAGGGAAACGCCGUCUAGAAAACAAAACGCUCUUAAAGACGGUCCCUCUCUCUCUUUUUUUAAUUUUUAUUUAAAGGAUGGAACUACAAAUAUUCCGUCUGAGUUGUGGUUUUAUCAACACAAACAUUUGCUUUCUGUCUAUUUCCCUGACUUUUCCUUCCCUCUGUGCCCGCAGGGCUAUCUGUCUGAAAUUCUGAAGAAAAUGUAGCAUGUGCUGCUUUUUAAAACACCAGGCCUGUCACUUCUGUGUUUUUUUUGUCUCUUUGUUCUUUCUUAACAACAUUAUAUUCUUGGCAUUCUCAUCAUUUUCAUCGCUAUAACCGAUCCACGUCAUCCCCAGAAAAAUGUAAGCUUUAAUGUACCGGCAUUUCUAACUGAGAUCGCCUCAAAAUGUUUAACUGUAGCAUUAUACUUAACCGAUUAAUUGUCAAGUGUAUGGACACCAGAGACUAGCCUAUAUGGUAUAUGUUUGUGACUUUACUUUUUUUUAACUUGCUUGCUGUAUUUGUGUGUGUGUGUGUGUGUGUGUGUGUGUGUGUGUAUGCUUGAGUGAAAGAACCGAGAGGGAGUAUGACUGUGGAGCAAUCAGAGUUAUAUUACGGUAUUGGAACAUAGAAAAUUUAUGCAAAAAAAGUUUUAAGUCACCCCUGAAUUAAAUAUCCAUUGUAUCAGAGGUCACUAUCACAUUCUUAGAUUUGAACAUGUUCAUUAUUAAAGAUAUACUUAUCUGUU